CAAAAAGCCUCGAAUGCUAUUGCAAAUCAGCCCACUUUAGACUCUUACCAAAAGAGGUUUAUUUACUUUCUGCAACCAGAAAAGAAAAGAAAAAGAAACCAUUCUUUCUUUUGUUUGUUUUAGACCAGCCUCUCAAAAUCUUUGAAUUCAACCCCCAUCAGUCUUAGCUUAUUCAAGGAUUGGUCAGCAAGUAAGCUUAUGACAUGGAUAAAGUGUCCCCUGACUGCCCCUACCCAGGAUGCUUUUUCUGUGUGAUGAAGGAAGGGAACCCAAGCAAGCGUAGAGCAAGUAUCUUAAAGUUCUUUCGGGAACUUCCCUCACAGGAUGAUGAUGGUCAGGUUCUCCCUAUUAGUGGCCUAUGGAAUACAGCUAUGGCACACCCUAAUGAUCCUGAGUUCAUUGAAUUGGGGAUAUUUGAAUGCAUGGCAGCACUUAUAUGGAAGGGUUUAAAGAAUCGUCGCUGGCUAACACAUGAUCAAAAUAUUUAUAUACCUUAUUAUGCAGCCCACAUAAUAGGAUCCUACACCAUGAAUAUGGAAGAAUUUGCUGAAAGAGCUAUUCAUGCUGGGGUUAUUCCACCCUUGGUUGAACUUCUGAGAGGGAGGUUAACCUGGGUUGAACAGAGGGUGGCAGUACGAGCUCUAGGCCAUUUGGCUACCUAUGCCAGCACUUUUCCUGCAGUAGCAAGUCAUGGUGAGAUCCUUGAGCUUUCCAUCCAACUAGCGAUGAGUUCACUUGAAAUCGUUUACUCUCAUUUUUACCAGUAUGUUGACAGAAGGCUCAGUUAUCACUGUGAUCUUCUUACUCGUGGCAUGGGUGGUGUUGAAAUGGAGUCCAGGAAGGCAGAGGAGUGGGCUAGUCAAUUACAGUGCUGGUCUCUUCAACUAAUUAAUUGCUUUGCUUUUAAACCUGAGUUCCUGCCAACAAUAUGCAAACCAGAAUUUCUCAUAAAACUUCCAGGGAUGUGGGGUGGGCUGGUAAAUGAGAACUCUCCUGCUGGAAUUGGCUUAUUGCGGACGAUCUGCCAUCACAAGCAUGGUAGGGGGCCUGUAGCUAGUUGCCCUGGUAUUGUGGAGGCAUUAUGUAAUAUAGCCCGUUCAUCGGAUGACUGGCAGUAUAUGGCCAUUGAUUGUCUUCUAUGGUUGCUUCAAGAUCCAAGUACAUCUCACAAGGUCAUGGAUAAGGCAGUACCUGCUUUGGUGGACCUUGCAGAGAUAUCAAGUCUUGGUGAUCACAAAAAACUAGGAGAAUCCAUUGUCAAUGCUCUUCAGGAUUGUGUUCAGUCACAAGGAACAGGACGGAAUUCUAUUAGUAGUCGCAUACAAGAAGAGGUUGAGGAACUACUCAGCUCCAGACAGAGAUUAAAAUGGGAAAAGAAUAUGCCAAAAGAGGAUCUUCAUAUUAAACAGGCAGCAGCACUAGUUGUCAAACUUGAAGGAAAUUCACUAUUUUCUUCAGGAAAUAUUUCUGGGGCUGCAUCUAAGUACUCGGAAGCAUUGGCAUUGUGCCCAAUGAGAUCCAAGAAAGAGAGAGUGGUACUUUACAGCAAUCGAGCUCAGUGUCAUCUUCUAUUGCAACAACCCUUGGCAGCUAUAAGUGAUGCAACACGUGCACUCUGUCUACAUAACCCUGUGAAUCGUCAUGCGAAAAGCCUUUGGAGGAGAGCACAAGCUUAUGACAUGCUCGGGUUAGCUAAGGAGAGUUUGUUAGAUGCUAUUCUGUUCAUAAAUGAGUGCUCUCAGUCAACGGAUCCAGAUCUAUCAUUGAGGCAAAACAAGGUUCCUGACUAUGCUGAGCGAUUAGUUAAGAAGCAGAUGCGUGCUGCUUGGUUAUUUAGGGAGGCUGCUAGUAAACAUGGGGGUGUGCAUUGUGAGGGUGCAGAUGGAGAAUUGUGUGGCCAAGAGUCUGAUGAUUCUGAGUGGGAGACAGCAAGUGAAAGUGAAAUGGGAAAUGAUGGAAGGGAUGAAAUGGGUGAGGAUGACUUUGAAUGGAAGAAUGAUUUUGAGAGGAAAGACAAAUAUGAUAAACCUCCAGUUAAAGACAUGAAGCAUGGGUACAAUGUGCAGCUUACUGAAGAUGAAGAGUAGUUCUACUCUGUUGUCUGGCCUUCUCUGUAAAGCAUAUAUCAAUGUGGAUACCAAAAUGAUCACCGCUCUUCAAGAAUGAAACAUAUAGCAUCAAAUGCAUCACCUUAAAUUUCAUCAGGAACUGGUGAAGAAGCAUAUUUUUGUAAGUUUUGUUUAGCAGUUAAACUUUGUCUUGUGUAGAUUUUUGUUUGAUUUGUCCUUUUUCCAAUCCCAAAUUAUGAGCAUGUAAAAGUUUGAUCGUUAUGAUAUUGGUUUCAUUAAUUGAUUUGCACUGUAACUGCUAUCGUUCAAGAAGCUUUUGUAAAUGUAAGUUGUAUCUUUUGGAUUUUUUGAUCA